CCCUCCACAGAUCCAUAUUUGUUCGGGCAGGGCUGUUGGGUUGAGAGAAAAUAUCCACCAGCGACUUUUUCGACUCUCUUGCCUAUUAGGGUUUCGGAGUGCUCUCUGGUUUCCCACUGUCUCUCGAUCGCCGCUCUCAACAGGUGAGCCGCUGCGUUGAAUCUCUCUGAUCUAUUCCGUCUCUGUACUGUGUGCGUCUUCCUUCUUCUCGCCGCUCUAAGUUUUUUGUUUGGUUUACGAGGGAGAAAGCGAAUCGAGUUUCACGCUUUCAUUUGAGGUGUUUGGGCUAGAAAUUGUUUCUCUUGAUAUGAUAUGGGUUUGUAUUGUUUCUGGGUUAGUCGGAUCUGAUGAUUUCCAGUCCCGAUCUGAUGUUCUAGGUUAUUGAAAUCUCAGAUUCGUGAUUGCUGUAUGGUGUUUGUUGAAAGCAUAAAUGGAGGGUCGUCUUUAGUUAGUUAGUUAGUUUUCAGGAGGAAUCCAUAGCCCUGAUAAUUCUUCAUUGACGAAACUCGAUGAUAUAUGGAUUGGCGUUAGGCAGGUCUUCAUUGACGAAACUCGAUGAUAUAUGGAUUGGCGUUAGGCAGGUCGAGGGCUCCAUUUAUUGCAUUGUGGGAGUUCUAGGAGGCAUUUUGACUUUUGAGCUGAACCCUCCCACUGUCUUGUUGAUGGUUUGACUGUCGAGAGAUACUAUGGUUGUCUACAAUUUGAAAUGGGUAGCGAUUUAAUUGUAUAAAUGACAGUUCUUUGCCUCAUGUUGAAUGUGUUCAGACCAAAGAUGAGGCCUAUCUUCUGUGGUAACUUUGAGUAUGUUGAAAUGGGUAGCGAUCUAAUUGUAUAAAUGACAGUUCUUUGCCUCAUGUUGAAUGUGUUCAGACCAAAGAUGAGGCCUAUCUUCUGUGGUAACUUUGAGUAUGAUGCUCGCCAGUCGGAGCUGGAACGGCUUUUCAAGCGCUAUGGGAGGGUUGAAAGAAUCGACAUGAAGUCUGCAGGAUUUGCAUUCAUCUAUAUGGAAGAUGAAAGAGACGCUGAGGAUGCAAUCCGUGGACUUGACCGCAUAGAGUUUGGUCGUAAGGGUCGUAGGCUUCGUGUUGAAUGGACUAAGCAAGAACGUGGUGCGAGGAGGCUUGAUAGUGGUGGCGGUGGUGGCUCAAGGAGAGCUUCUAACACAAGGCCUUCUAAAACCUUGUUUGUUAUAAACUUUGAUUCGCAGCUUACAAGGACAAGAGAUUUGGAGAGACACUUUGAGCCAUAUGGAAAGAUAGCGAGUGUGAGGAUUAGGAGAAAUUUUGCUUUUGUUCAGUAUGAAGCACAAGAAGAUGCCAGCAAAGCCUUGGAAGCUACAAACAUGAGCAAGUUGAUGGACAGAGUUAUUUCAGUGGAAUAUGCAGUUCGAGAUGAUGAUGAGAAGAAAGAUGGUGGAGGCUAUAGUCCAGAGAGAACUCGAGAUAGGUCCCCAAGGAGGAGGUCAGUGAGUCCUUACAGAAGAGAGAGAGGAAGCCCUGAUUAUGGCCGUGGCCCUAGUCCCUACAGGAGAGAGAGGGGAAGUCCUGACUAUGGUGGUCGCGGCCGCCGCAGUCCUAGCCCUUACAAGAAGGAAAAAUCUAGUCCGGAGCAUGGGCGACGUCGUAGCCCUAGUCCUUAUAAGAAAGGCAGAUCAAGUCCUGAAUAUGCUCGGGAAUCAGCCCGUAGCCCUUACAAAAGGGAGAGGGCUGGUAGUGACCAGGGUCGUGGUGGAGGCAGUCGCAGUCCUGCUUACCGUAGGGAGAGGGGUAAAACCGACAAUGGCCGUGGACGCAGCCCUAGCCCUUAUGAAAGAGACGGGGCUGCUGAUGCUGACAAUGGUAAUGGGAUGGACAGCAGUCCAUAUGAAAGGGAGAAAGGCGAGGUGAAGAAUGGACGUGGUUCGAGCUAUGAAAGGGAUGGUGGGAGUCCUAGCAAUGGUCGCAGGGCUAGCCCAGCUGAAGAAAGGGACAGCCCGAAUGAUGGAAGGGCUGAUAGCCCCCCCAUGCGUGAUAGAUUCAAGAGCCGAUCUCCACCAGCUGAUGAAUGAUAGAAGGAAGGAGCUCAAAGCAAAAUGUCGGGCCCUGCGUGGCAGGAUGUAGUUUGUUGUUAGGGAUGUAGUUGCAGGGGGAAAGGUGCACCGGACAAUUUGUGAUCUAGGCUGUGUUUGUAUCCGUUUAAAACUAUGUGCUUCGGAAUUCGGAUAUGUUGUGCUAAAACUGAGGUCGAUUUUCUGUUGAGGGGAUAUCUACACUGAACUGCAGACUUAAUGCUUCUUGUCCGUCGUUCUAUUGUAGCAAUUAUGUGGUGCAGUUUGCCAGGUUUCCAAGAGCUGUAGUCUUUGCCUCCUGCUGUUCAUUUCAGACCCUUGAAUCUUGAUAAUGGCAUGUUAACACUGGUGUGCUAGGGAUAUGUGAAAUUAACCUGUGGAUCAUGG